CACGCCCAACUCACCACGCCCAACUCACCACGCCCAACUAACCACUCCCAAUUCACCACUCCCAAUUCACCACACCCAACUCACCACUCCCAACUCACCACGCCCAACUCACCACAGAAAAAGUUUCGAAUAAGAAGAGCAGAGGUCUUAGAGUGGAAUCAACAGUUUUGGGCAGAUCAUAACUCAAGAUUUUUCAAGGAAAAAGAAGAAUAUGUUCAAUCUCUGAAAGAGCUUAGUGCUGACAGCAAUAAAAAUGUGACCCAAGAAGAGUUAUCCCCAUUUUACAAAGCCUUUCUAGAUAAAAAUAGGAUCACACAUCUAAAUUAUAACAAGGAAUGCCUUAUCCCAGUAUCCGGCAUAACUAAUGUGCUUGUCCACACCCAUAACUUGCAAGAAUUAAAAAAAAAACAGAAAAAAAAAAAACUAACAUUCUCUUAA